GCUAUCUCUUCUCACUCACAAUCGCGGACCUCCAUCACCAUGUCCAAGUCAUUCUCCACGGCCGAUGUGGCCAAACAUAACAAGGGCGAUGACCUGUACAUCAUCGUCGACCAGGAUGUUUACGACUUGACAAAGUUUCAGGACGAGCAUCCGGGCGGCAAGAAGAUCCUACAGCGAGUCGCUGGCAAGGAUGCUAGCAAGCAGUUCUGGAAGUACCACAACGAGAGCAUUCUCAAAAAGUUCCAGUCAAAACUCCAGGUCGGGUCCCUCGACAGCAAGCCAAAGCCAGCGCAAGCUCCUACACCACCUCCUACCCCACCGACCAACCCAGCCGGACAAAAAGAGCGCGUAGUGCCACAGGCCGAGUCUGGAGUCGUAGCUCCGGUAGCAGGGCCAGAUGCAGCCGAUACAGAGGAAGACGAGGCAAUGGACCAAUAUGGUGACAUGAUCCCAUAUGCCGAUCCGUCCUGGUACCAGACCUACCACUCGCCCUACUUCAACGAGACGCACGCCGCACUUCGCGAUGAGGUACGACAGUGGAUAGAAGAGGAGAUCAUGCCAAACGUGACCGAAUGGGACGAGGCCAAGAAGGUGCCAGACAGCAUUUACAAGCAGAUGGGAGAGCGCGGAUACCUGGCAGGCUUGAUGGGUCUGCACCACUGGCCAACACACCUCACGCAGAGCAAGGUCAAGUCUGUGCCGCCACAGAAGUGGGAUCUCUUCCACGAAAUGCUCCUCACCGACGAACUCUCCCGAACGGGAUCUGGAGGCUUCGUCUGGAACGUAAUCGGCGGUUUCGGUAUCGGUUGCCCUCCAGUGGUGCGCGCCGGAAAGAAGGCUCUCGUGGAUCGCAUUCUUCCAGGAAUUCUUGCCGGAGACAAGCGUAUCUGUCUCGCCAUUACAGAGCCAGAUGCCGGCUCCGAUGUCGCGAAUCUCACCUGCGAGGCCAAACUGACCGAGGAUGGAAAGCACUAUAUCGUUAACGGAGAGAAGAAAUGGAUCACCAAUGGUAUCUGGUCCGACUACUUCACCACUGCAGUACGAACUGGCGGCGAGGGCAUGAACGGUGUCUCCGUGCUUCUCAUCGAACGCGAGAUGGAGGGUGUCAGCACUCGUCGCAUGGACUGUCAGGGUGUCUGGAGUUCUGGCACCACAUACAUCACUUUCGAAGACGUCAAGGUGCCUGUCGAGAAUCUGAUCGGAAAGGAGAAUCAAGGUUUCAAGGUCAUCAUGACCAAUUUCAACCACGAACGUAUCGGUAUCAUUAUUCAAUGCAUACGAUUCAGCCGAGUCUGCUACGAGGAGAGCAUGAAAUACGCACACAAGAGAAGAACAUUCGGACAGAAACUGAUCAAUCACCCGGUCAUUCGGCUGAAGCUCGCGCACAUGGCGAGACAGAUUGAGGCCUCAUACGCAUGGUUGGAAUGUCUCAUCUUCCAAUGUCAGAAAAUGAACGAGACCGAAGCUAUGCUCAAGCUCGGCGGUGCCAUCGCUGGAUUGAAAGCUCAAGCAACGGUGACCUUUGAAUUCUGCGCUCGAGAAGCUUCUCAGAUCUUCGGUGGACUUUCGUACAGCCGCGGCGGACAGGGUGCCAAGGUCGAGAGAUUAUACCGUGAUGUGAGAGCGUAUGCUAUUCCUGGAGGCAGUGAAGAGAUCAUGUUGGAUUUGAGUAUCAGACAGGCGCUGAGGGUGCACCAGGCCCUGGGGAUGAAGUUGUAAGACAUAGAAUACGUGGGAAUUGUACGUUGCAUAGAACUAGCAAGGGAGAUGGCAUCGGGCGUUCUUGCAGGUACAGACUCGGCGCCAGUAAUAUGUAGGUGUCAAAGGAGCUUGUAAGUCAUGCAUCG